AAAAUCUCUCACACACAUAAGAAGUGCAACAAGCUUACUGUAUUGAGCUUUACCGAGACAGCAAAACCAACAAAAUGGAUUAUAACGUCGAUGGCCGUGAAUCCAAGUCUGGGAAACAACUCGCUUGCACCGAUGACCGUUUAGACAGCGGUUUGGAUUCUCUUAAAGAGGACGAAUACGCGGAUGUGGAGUCUGAAUUUAGGCGGAUGAAUGUGGGGUCAGACGAGCAGGACAUUCACUGCGAGCCCUGGAAGACAUAUUGCACCGAAGACGGAGACACGUAUCUACAUCUCGCCAUUAUUCACGAGGCAAAGGAUGCUGCAUUAAAGAUGAUUGACUUAUCCUAUGACGACUCCUUCCUUAACAUUCAAAACAACCAGAGACAGACUGCCCUGCAUUUGGCCGUCAUCACAGAACAGCCUCUUAUAGUGGAACGGUUAGUGAAAUCUGGUUGUGAUUCUUCACUGGUGGAUGACCGCGGUAACACUGCCCUCCACAUCGCUUGCAGAAAAGGUUCCCUGGCCUGCUUCAGUCUCCUAACGCAGGGCUGCCCACAACAUCUCACAACCAUCCUUCAAACGCCAAACUAUAACGGUCAGAAAUGCAUACACGUUGUCGCCACACAAGGCUACUUGUCGUUGGUGGAAAACCUUAUUCAGCUUGGCGCAGACAUCAAUGCACAGGAACAGUGUAACGGGCGAACCGCUCUGCACUUAGCAGUCGAUCUCCAGAAUUCGGAGCUAGUUCGGGUUUUGAUCAGCAAAGGUGCCGACGUUCACAGCUUGACGUAUGGCGGUCACACACCUUAUCAUCUGACCUAUGGCCGGGCAAACACAGAGAUCCAAAAAGUCCUGUAUGAGCUCACAUCGCCACACCUAAGGGAACUUCCUGAUAGUGAGUCAGAAGACAGUGAUGAAGAGGAUUACUGUGACAGUGAUAUUUAUGAUGAUAUUAAAAUUAUGGUAUAGUAGAAACGUUUCAAAGGACCUCCAAAAUUCUGUUGAACGGAGAAGGAUGUUCUCACUCAAGAAGUUCGGGAACGUGUCCGCAGUGAGGCUCGCAGGGGUGCAAAACUCAUCGGGAGCGCAAGCAGAAGACCGAUGAAGAAGGAGCCCGGGAAAAGAAGACUAUUUUUGGGUGUAUUUAAAAAACAAACCACCCUAGAAGAACACUGGAGAGAGGCCGCCAAAUGUACUGUUGCCUCUUUAUGAUGGACUGAAAUCAACAGCAGUGAUUCUUGAACUGUGAUGUAAAAUAUUGUGUAUACAGAAAGAUUUAUUUUUAUAAUAACAUGUAAAUGUGUACAUAUGUUUUGAAGUUUUCUUUUGUGGAAAGAUAAAUAACACACUUUAAAUGAAAACCUUGAAAAUUGCACUUUGUGUCAUUCGUUGGAAAUGCAUGAGAAUUGUUGUGCAAGAGAAAGAAGGGGGAAGUUAAAUAUCUUUUUU